GGUAUAAUAAUUAUACCCAUUUUGCUUUGCAAAAUGGAAGGUCUGCCGCAUAAAACCUGUUCUUUACUGGCAUUGUUGGCUGCAGUUGCUUGUGGCGGAGGUCUUGACGAAGGUUUUUACCAACCAACCAUGCGCCCUAUUCGGGAAGUUAUUAAUAGCCAACCAGACAUUUCUUUCUGCCCAUCAACUAUCUCUGUACAUGAGGGAGUUGAUGCAUUUGCAACAAUAAGUUUAUGCAGGCAAUCUAAUAAUUUUCAUUAUGAAGUUGUUUGGUGGCCGAGUACAACAGUCACUGUUACUUCUUUAUCUGGAUCCGCUACUGCUGGUUCGGACUUCAUAUCCACUCCUAUUUCAGUGACAUUUGGAAAUUUUGACACUGAAGUCCCAUUCUCAGUUACAAUACUAAAUGAUUCUUUUAUAGAACGAAAUGAAACAUUUACCUUGGCACUCAGUAAUGGCAAUACUGCUACUGUCACCAUUGUGGACGAGGAUGGUUCCACGGGACGGCCACAACCUGACGUUGUCACCUUCACGUGACACUCCGUGUCUGUCUUGUCCGCACUGCUGACUAUUGUGCUUGAGUCGCCACGGUCAAAAUUAAUUAUGUUUCAAGGGGUGCCUGACGACUCUCCUUCCAGUUCAACCUUCUGCACCCCCUCGGUCUCUAGCCAGCACUUCUCUGCUGACAGUCGUGGCUGAUAACAAGAACCUCACCCUGUUCUUUCAGUCGCAAGGCCCUCCACUGCGCUCUACCACUGCUCUGCUGUCACCACUGCCACCUGGGCUUCUCCAUCCUUUGAGAUAAGGGUUGGACUGCAACUGCACUCUCAAGCUAGACCCUGAACCCUGCAAACUUCUGGCUCCUACUGCCUGCUUGCUACUAGCUAUAUACCCCUGAUUUUGCCUCUACGCCUUUCACUUCAGCUGGAAUAUAUAGACCUCUCCUAAAGAAAAAACUUUCCUUCACAAUUCACAACAAAGCAUAUUGUACAAUUAAUGUUGGGUUAGCUUUAUGCUUUUACUUCAGCUGGGUAGAUGGACCUCUUCAGAAGAGUGAACAUUCCUGCACAACAAAUCACAUGCAUUGUUGAAUAAUAUUUUGUGCAGGAGAGUUCACUCUUCUGAAGAGGUCCAUCUACCCAGCUGAAGUAAAGCAUAAAACUAACCCAACAUUCAUUGUACAAUAUGCUUUGUUGUGAAUUGUGAAGGAAAGUUUUUUCU